AUGAAUACUCCAACCAACAAUGUGAUGGAUUUAAUUUCUCGGUUAAUUGGUAAUCCAACUGGAGGAGGACAACCCAUCGCAACUCCCUCCAUUACACAACAGCCACAAGGACCCAUGAUACAACAACAGCAACAACCACAAUUACAGCCAAACCAAAACAAUCCACAGGCAGCACAGUUAUUGAGAAUACUGCAACAGAACCCAAAUUUACUCAACUCUUUGAGUGGAAACCAGGGAAAUCAAGCAAUGUCUUCUAAUGUACCCAAUGACGUGCUUUUACAUUUCUUACAAUCACAACUCAACAAUAGCGGUGUACAGUUUCGAAGACAACCACAAGGUAUGUCAAAUAUGGCAGGCGGUGGUAUGUCCAUGACCCCACAACAACCUCAAACACAGAAUACACUCAUGGGAAGUGACAAUAGUACCAACAAUAUGCUUGUAGGUGACGGUAAUUUCGGUACUGCACCACCAACCACAUCAUCAGUUGGUAUGGUAGGUGAUAAUACCAUGAUCAACAAUGCAAUGUUAGGAGGGCUAGCUGGAAUAAAUUCCACAACUCCACUUGGUAUGAUGACAAUGAAUGGAACAAAUAUGAACAUACCCAAUCAACCAAAGCGAUCAGGAACACCUCUAAGCAACAACAGCGGCGGAUUAUCAACAAACACAACCACCACGACCAUGACACAAUCUGGGUUUUCUAAUGGAACAAGAAAAUUCUCUGUCGACCACAUCAAGCUAGUACAACAACUCAUUGAGCAAUGUCUCAAGUUGUAUCUGUCAAAGACGGAAACAAUGGAAUUUCUUUGUAGUAGAUAUGACCAUAUUGAUCCUGCGUUUAUCAAUUUAAUGUGGUUCAAAUUGGAGCAGCAAAAUCCUGAAUUUUUCAAAGCAUACAACACCCGUCUUCAAAUCAAGGAUCAAAUUACGCAGUUUAAUCAAUUAGUGAAAGAUCAAGCACAACAAAUGCAACAACAAGGGUUACUGAUACAAAAUGCAAACAGUGGAUUUCAAAUGGCAAUGCCCAACAGCCAAAAUAUGAACAACUCUCCACAAAUUCCUCUUACCAUUUCUUCAAAUAUUCCCCAAUCAAUGAAUCCCUACUCUUCCUCCCCUGUCACAAUGAAUACUUUCGUGACAACACCCUCCAAUACUCCUAACAUGGCAACAACAAUAGGUGCAAGUACUAACAUGACCAAUCCCAUGAAUAUGAACACUGGAGGAGGAGGAGGUUUUGUUUAUCCAAAUAAUUUAAUGAACACAAGUCAAAGUCCAAAUACAGCAAUGGUUGGUGGAAUGCAGAAUCAGGGAAGCAACAGCGUCUCUAGUCUAGGAAACAUUAAUUUACAACAGGGAACUAACACCUUGAACUUUGCUCAACAGCAAAACAUGUAUAGAAGCCAAACACAGCCACAAACAGUUACAAAUUCUCAACAGCAACUAUCUCAGAAUAAUUUCAGUACGCCCAACAAUAGCUCUUCACCUCAAAAACGAACAAUAGAUUCCAUGAAUAUUUCAUCAACGACAACAAUGGGUAAUACUGCUUAUAAUGAGGACCAUACUGCUACCUCGAAUAACACAACUUUUGCAGGCAAUUCUCAACCAAAUAUGGAUACAAACCAAAUGAUUAACCCGAGACAAGUAGUUCAAAAUUUCAUGAAAUCUCCUCCCGUUAUGAUUCCUGCUAGUGCUGCUCAAGCCAUGAUGGCACCAUCCACUAGUAAUAACCCUGAAACAAUUUCUGUUAAUAGCAACGCCUCAAAUCGACAGCAAGUACAAAACAGUAAUAAUACUGCAUCUAAUGCUUUACAGCAAGGUGCUUCAGCGAAUGACUCAUCUCUUUCCUCUCUAAAUCAACAAACCGCUACAAGUAAUUCUGCAACACACAACAAUCAAACAUCCUCACAACAGGAUGCUACAAGCGCGUUGGAUAGCAGUUCAUUCGGUGGCUUUGAUUUUCCUGAAACAGGAGACUUGUUUGGUGAUACAGAAGAUUUUGAUUUCAAUUUUUGA